AUGAGAGACUUAAUUUCUUGGAACUCUAUGAUUUCUGGAUAUGUAGAUAAUUUCAUGUUCGAAAAGGCUUUGAGAACGUUUGCAGAUUUAAUAACGACGGGUGGGAUUGAACCUGAUUCAUUUACUCUAGGUAGCGCACUUGGCGCUUGUGCGAACUUGGUUUCUCUAAGAUUGGGGAAAGGGUUGCAUUCAUAUUGUAUUGUGAAGGGUUUGCAAUCAAAUCUUUUCGUAGGUGGAGGAUUGGUGGAAAUGUACUGUAGAUGCCAGGACCCAGAAACCGCUCACAAAGCCUUACAGGAGGUACCUGAAAGGGAUAUAGCAAUUUGGAACUCUUUGAUUUCUGGUUAUGCUCGAUGCAAUCAAAUUGAAGAUAUCCCAUGUAUCCUUCAGAAAAUGGAAGAUGAUGGAUUUAAACCAGAUGUAUAUACAUGGAAUGGAAUAAUUGCGGGCCACGUAGAAAACGACCACCAUGAGUCAGCUUUAGAAUUGUUUUCACAGAUGCAGGCUUCAAAUUUGAGGCCUGAUAUUUACACAGUUGGAAUAGUUCUACCAGCGUGCUCAAGGUUAGCUAUUAUUGAACGGGGUAAGCAAGUUCAUGCAUAUGCAAUCAGAUGGGGAUAUGAAUCAGAUGCCUACAUUGGAGCUGCUCUUAUGGAUAUGUAUGCAAAAUGUGGAAGCAUAAAGCAUGCGAGUCUUGUUUAUAAUAGGAUCAGAAAUUAUAAUUUGGUUACCCAAAAUGCAAUGCUUACUGCGUACGCCAUACAUGGGCAGGGAGGCAAUGGAAUUUCUUUCUUCCAUGAAAUGCUGGUUGAUGGUUUUACACCAGACAACGUGACAUUCCUAGCUGUUCUUUCUUCGUGUGCCCAUGCAGGAUCAGUUAAAACUGGACAAGAACUCUUCAAUAUGAUGGAAUCUUAUGGUGUGAAACCUACCUUAAAACACUACACGUGCAUGGUUGAUCUUCUAAGUCGUUCAGGCCAGAUGAAUGAAGCAUACAAGAUGAUUGAGAAAAUGCCUGAUGAUCCCGAUUCAGUAAUUUGGGGUGCCUUGCUUGGUGGCUGCGUUGUCCACGGGGAUGUGAAUUUAGGAGAAAUUGCAGCACAUGAGCUCAUAAAAUUGGAACCAGAUAACUCUGGGAACUAUGUGAUGCUGGCCAACUUAUAUGCAUAUACAGGUAGAUGGCAUGAUCUUGCAAAACUAAGACGUCAAAUGAAGGACAUGCAACUAUAUAAAAAUCCAGGUUGCAGUUGGAUUGAAGAUAAAGAUGAAAUUCACAUCUUUAUGGCAUGUGACAGAUCUCACAAGAGAGAGAAACAGAUAUAUGAGGUUUUGGAUAAUUUAACAAUACAAAUGAGAUUGGAACAAAAUGAACAUGAAAUUCAAUUCUCUGUAUAAGUUGUGUACAAAAUAACAUAUUCAUGAUUUCACUACAA